CUGUACUUUAUGUAAUGAACUGGAUUCUUUUUGGCAAAACUCCAUUCUUACAUCCUAAUUCCCCUCCCAUGAAAGCUGGGAGGAAGAAAGAAAGAGAGAAAUUUCCUGUUUUAGAGGAGAAGUCCAAAUUCCUUCCAUGUGUGGAGACAGAACUCAGCUGGUAAUGAGACUUUAACCAUUUUCCUGUCAGUUGGCCACCAUUGACGUCUGUCUAUAGAACAGCAUUUUCCCAAGUCACAACAGCAUUAUAACCUCACAAUUGUAAUACACGCACAUACGUAUCAGAGAUUUUUAUUAGUAAGGAAGUGAGUCGUGGGCUAGAAAGAUUCAAAGCAGGUGAAUAUUUAUUUUAAUAUUCACUUCAAAAGUAGUGAAUGCUGUGUUAAUAAAACUCAUGUUAGCACAAAGAAUGGGGGUGGGAGGUAGGAGAAAUAUUUCCUGUUUUAGUUAGAAAAGAAAGAAACAUUUGGACAAGGUGAAAAAGGCAGAAAAAGCUUGCUGACAUCUGCAGAGAGAAGUGGGGAGGCAAAAGAAAACAAACAAAAAAAAAACAACACAGAGGUGAAAGAGGACUGAGAAGAGAGAGAGAGCUCCUGAGAGGAGGUUGAAAGAAAUGUGAAAGGAGGAGAGGUUUCUGUUGAAAGAGUGAACAUCAGGAGGGAGGGAUAACUGUAUAUAUAAAGUAAGGGAGAGAGAGAAAAGGCUAAACGGAGGAAACUCACAGGGAUUUAUUGACAUACGCAGUGAUUUAGGUUGAAAGAAAUGUGAAAGGAGGAGAGGUUUCUGUUGAAAGAGUGAACAGGAGGGAGGGAUAACUAUAUAUAAAGUAAGGGAGAGAGAGAAAAGGCUAAACGGAGGAAACUCACAGGGAUUUAUUGACAUACACAGUGAUUUAAACUGGAGAUGAAUCUAACAGUGAUUCUGGUGGCUGUCGUGGGCUUCACUGCUCUGUCCUGCUGUGACUCUGCCAACAAAAACUCAACACUGACCAUCACAACAGCUGAUCUGUCACAGGCGAGAGAUUUCAAUGAAGAGACAGUUAGAGGUCGAGGGGACACUCCUGACAUCAUAGAACCUGAACCAACCACUGCUGUCUCGGACAUCGAGAGCACUUACAACUACAUCUUGUCUCGGCUGGCAGCAAUGGAUCAGGCCAUCCACAAGCUUAAUGUGGGACAUUACACACUGGACAUUAAAGUUACACAACUUCUGGACAGCAUGUCACGUCUUGACAGUAGAUUAGGCGACACUGAGGAUACUAUACAACAGGUUUCAUCCUACUGCAUAGAUAAUCGCAAAGAGAUUGGACGACUAGAGGGAUGCCAGAAAGGUCGUAAAAUGGGAUACAAAUGCAUUCUGGCAUACCGCUUGUAUGAAACCUAUGCGGAUGCAUCUCAGAAGUGCCAUGAGCGGGGUGGACGCAUGGCUAUGCCUCGAGACCGCAAGGAGCAGGAGGCUUUGGCCGAAUAUGUAAAAUCAGUAUUCCAUGGAAACUGGCCUGUUUGGCUCGGGAUCAACGACCAGCGCUCUGAAGGCCUCUACCUAUUUGAGGACACAACUCGUGUGACUUACUUCCAGUGGAGAAAGCACUUCUUGUCAAGCCAGCCAGAUGGCGGGAAACGAGAGAACUGUGUAGCUAUGUCAUCAGAUGAUGGAGACUGGUGGGACACCUACUGUGACAGACGCAUUUAUUACCUAUGCGAGUUUGACCUCUGACCUUGAUAAAUUCCUAGAUGAAGCAGCUCACUGCUAAUUAAGAUUGAGAUAUUUUAUAUAUAUAUAUAUAUAUAUAUAUAUAUAUAUAUAUAUAUAUAUAAAGAGCAGCUAUUGACUGUUUCUAAAAAUUACAGUUGUUGCACAUGUAGAAUUAGGACCAAUGAAUUUAAAGGCCCCAUGAAAUGAUGAACAGAGUUUUCUUAUAUGUGUAUCUCUUUUUGAAACAGGAAGUUAGGGCAGGACACAUCAAAGCCCUAAAAAAAUCAUUUUUUUUAAAAAAAUACCCAAUAGUGUUUAGUUUGUCACAGCCUGGCAUAAUACUUAUUUUGCUACCAGUUUGUCAUGUGUUAUAUCUAGUUGGUGGCAGGUGGUAUUUAGGGGAGAGGAGGUUCUCAUUCUAGAGAGCAUUUUAGAAGACAAAUAUUUUGUACACGCUCCUGCAUAAAACAUGUGUCAUCAAUAUUUUUGGUCCCAGAAGUUGUUGGUAGCAAAAAGCAUAUCUGCUCAAUUUUUAUUUUGGCGACAUUAAAAGUACUAGCACUGUGUUGUUCUACUGGUGGUUUGUGACACAAAAAUGGGUCGCAGGUCUGUUGCUCACAGCAGGGGGAAAAAACAAUGCUAAAUGCACACAGAAUGCAUGACAUGCCCUCGUCUUUGAAAACUUUGAGCAAAACUAACCAAGGUAAAAUAAAAUAUAACCCAGACUACAUUAAACAUGGGUUCACUUGUAAAGAAGUAUAAACAUGAUUCUGUGCAACUGAGUUACUGCAGAAACAGAUAAUAAACAAAUAAAUACAUUGUAAUGUUUGAAUCCAAAUUGAUCCCAUUUUGAUUUCUUAAAAGAGAAAAAGAAUCCUUUAUUUGUAAAAACUGGAUUUGAAAAUCAAGAAUAAAUUAAAACAGAAUUUUUAAUCUG